GGGUUGUCAGUUCGUGUGGACGUGCAUGUUGAGACACAGGAAAGCUGAUGCACCUUUUACUGUGUGUUGACAUGGGACUAAAUCGAAAUGCAACUGGAGGAGAUUUUCAGUAAGACAUGGAUCUGAAGGAAGUGGGCGUGUUUCCAUCAGCGGCCCACAGCACUGGAGCACAGGAGUCUGAUUUAGGAGAGGCGGCGAGGACACUUGAUCUGCACCCAUCAGGAGCUUCCUAUGAUCUGGAUAACCACGCAAAGAGUCUUUCUGCCAGAGCGAAGCCUUUUCAGUGCUCUCAGUGUGGGAAGGGUUUUUCCCGCAUUCAGCAUCUGUCCGAACACGUCCGGAUUCACACAGGAGAGAGGCCUUUUGAGUGCUUGGUGUGUGGAAAGACUUUCACCCGAGAGAGAGACCUCAAGACCCAUCAGAUCGCCCAUACCGAUGCGAAAGCCUUUCACUGCACGAUUUGUGUUAAAAACUUCGCCCUGUUAUCCUCCUUGAGAAGACAUCUGCGUGCAUUUCAUCAAGGUCAAGAUGUUAGUACGGAGGGUAAGUGCUUAAUUUGUGUCGAAUGUGGGAAAAAUUUUGAGUGUCAGCUGGAGGAACAUGAGCUAACACACACGGGAGAGAUUUCCCACCGCUGCCCCGACUGCGUCAACAGCGCCGCUCGUCUAUCCGGUCUCACAUCUCCUGAACAGACCUUCUCUGAAUCGGAGGACAUGAACCAUUUGGACGCUCAUGACAGUGAGAGGCCUUGCUCUUCUGUGGCCUCUGAAGAUCUACACAAGCACUUACAAACCGACGUACUUAAGGACAUUAGUGAAUCUCACCCUCUGGAACUUAUAGAUAAUAUUGAGAGCGAUGCACCUAAUGAAAACAUUCCCCAAAGUCAAGCUCCAUCUCCUCCCUCUGAGCUCUCUCACGACUCUGCACAUUCUGCUGAAAAGGGCAUUGAAACGCUGAAUCCUCUUCAAGAGGAAGAGCCUGCAGCUCACAAGCAAGCGUGUGAUGAAAACAAGCCGCAUCAGUGCAAUCACUGUGGAAAGAGAUUUCAUAAGCAAGCGAAGCUUCGGAUCCAUCUGCGCGUUCACACCGGAGAGAAGCCGUACCAGUGCUCCCAGUGCGGGAAAUACUUCAGCCAAGCAGUAAACCUCAGAAAACACCACCGUACUCAUCACACGGAGGAGAGACCCUACCACUGCACACUCUGCGACCGGAGGUUUUCUCUCUCCUUCUCGCUGAUAAAGCAUCAACGUGUCGCUCAUCCAGAACAUUUGAGUGUUGCUGAAAGAAAUCGUAUUACCUGUCCAUACUGUGGAAAAAUAUUCGGACGACAUCAAGAUAUGGAGCAACAUAAACGCAUUCACACUGGAGAGAGACCGUUCCGUUGCACCGUGUGCAACAAAAGCUUCAGGCAGCGUUCGGUGUUGAUCGUGCAUCGGAAAAUUCACACCGGAGAAAAGCCUUUCGAAUGUUUCAUAUGCUUCCGACGGUUUUAUGGUCCCCAUACUAUGGAAAUCAAUGGGGACCAGCAACGAUAUGGAUUCUUCUUCUUUGUAAUUUUAACAGAUCAGCAUGUUGACAAAGAGGGGAAGUGCUUCCCCUGCUCUUAUUGCGGGAGAAAGUUUGGUCGACGCCAAGGCUUGUUACAGCACGAGCGAAUUCACACAGGUGAAAGACCCUUCAACUGUCCCACCUGUAACAAAAGCUUUCGUCAGAGAUCGGCUCUGAUUGUGCAUAUUAAAACACACACAGGAGAGAGGUCAUUCCUGUGCUUUGUGUGCAAUAAGAGCUUUUAUACCCCAGGAGACUUGAAGAAACAUCUGGAAAUUCACACAGGAGUGAGGCCACACAACUGCCCUGUAUGCUUCAAGGGGUUUGGGCGUCCCAGUUUCCUCCGAGCUCACAUGCGAAUUCACGAAAAAGCUUCAACAAAUAAGCAAAGUGGAAUGGAGAAGCCAACAGGUGCUCCAAAAGUCGAUGUGCAGGAGAAGCCAUUUGAAUGCACUCAUUGUGGGAAGAGAUUCAGUCAGCAUUGUAUGUUAAAAAUUCACCAGCGGAUUCACACAGGAGAGAGACCUUACAAGUGCUCUCAGUGUGGCCUGAGUUUUCGCUGGAGGAGAAACCUGAUUGCCCACCAGAGCGGCCACCCGGGCGAAAACCCUCUCCAGUGUUCAAUGUGUGAUGAAACAUUCGUCUCUGAAGCAAGUCUGAAAAAACAUCAAGAUGCGUUUCAUUCAGGGGUCUCCCAUACAUGCAGUUUGUGUUUGAAGACAUUUACUCAAGCAGCCGGCCUCAGAAAACACGUUCGGUAUGUUCACGAAGGUGAGCGACCGCACAAAUGCUCUGAGUGCGGGAGAGGAUUCGUCAAACUUUCCGAUCUCGCGCGUCACCAGCGCCGCCAUCAUUACGACCGGGGCGACGAACUCUUUCAGUGCUCGCAGUGCGAGCGAAGCUUCAAUCAACCCAGCAGUCUGGUUCUGCACCGACGGACACACACCGAAGAAAAGCACGAGUGCCCUCAGUGCGAUAAGAUUUUCAGUCAGGCGGGACACCUGAAGGUCCACCUGCGCACUCACACCAAAGAGAAUAAACCCAAAUUCGAGUGUGCUGAAUGUGGGAAGAGUUUUGGCCAAGCUAAAGAUUUGGUGGUUCAUCAAAGGGUUCACACCGGAGAAAAGCCGUACCAGUGCCCACAGUGCAAGAAGAGCUAUCGGCAGUUUGCGCAUUUGUCCGUACAUCUGCGAAGUCACACGGGGGAGAAGCCGUAUCAGUGCCCCAUAUGUCUCAAAUUCUUUGCUCAUUCAUCAUCCAUGAAAAAACACCUGCGUGUAAUGCAUGCAGAGGGGAAAGAUUUACCCGUCCCAAAGGAAGUUGUGAAGGUCACUGUUGGCGUCGGCCCAUCUAACACGACUGUAGAAGUUAAGCAAGAACCAGAGUCUGGUGAUGAAUACGAACGUCAAGUGAAAUCUGAAGAAAACUGCUUUGCUAUAAUGGAUGAUGUGAAGGCUGUUACGGUCUCCUCAGCUCCUUCCAGUCCAUUAUCAUCUGUGACUUUUAAAGAUGAAAAAUGAAUGUGGAUGGAAACUAGGGUUUCUCGCCAACAAUCUGCCAAGCUUCAGAGCGCAUAUAAGAACCUGCAGCAUCAACUAGAUUGCUGAUGACAAAAAACAUUUUUAAGAAGUAGAAUUGCAUUCUACACUUACUCCAGAAACUGGUCUCCAUCCAUGAAGACGCCAGCCUCCCUAAUUGGAAAGGUGGUAUUGAGACAAAAAAACUGUGAUCUACAAGAAUCCACACCACAGCAUGGACUGUGGGGUUUAGUUAAGCAGGGAUCCACGUAACCUCUUCCUUUUUUAGGAAAACAGUCGCUAUUAGCGCUCCUGAUCAGAACUAUCCAAUCUGAAGAGCUUUCUGGAGGCCUCAAACAUGACCUACAUAUUUUUAGACUUUGUUGAGAUAUACACAAACUUUUCCCAGAUAGAAGAUCUUAAACAAAUUCAUACUGGAGAGAAGCGUUGACAUUUGGC